UAUAUAUUUUUUUAGCCUCAUCGGGUUCUCUGCCGAUACAUGCAAUGUAAUGUUCGGAGUUAACCACUCUGUUUCAACAAUUUUAAAAGAAAAAAUACCCUCCAUAGUGCUUGUCAAAUGCUCUUGCCAUUCCUGCCAUCUCGUAGCGAACUAUGCUUCGAAAGCUUUGCCGGAUCAGUUGGAAACAAUUUUGCGAAUGAUUUUCGCCCAUUUUUCCCGUAGUAGCAGUCGGAAAUGAGAGUUCGCAAAGUUCCAGGAGUUUGCUGGUGUCCAGCAGAGCGUAAUUCUUUCUCCAGGACAGACGCGGUGGCUAAGUCUUCGAUGUUGCGUCAUCCGGAUUCUCGAAAACUUGGAACCACUGAUAUUAUAUUUCACAGCUGAGGUCUUGGAUGACAAAAAUAAAGCCUCACUUGACAUCUUGACUUACAUCCGUCAUCCCAUGACAAAACCGCUACUCUUGUUCGUGGAGUACGCUCUUGGGCUACUAGAUGACUUCAACACUGUUUUUCAAGGAGAAGCUCCAUUGCUUCACGAACUUCAGCCAAGAGUAAAAAAACUCAUCGAUAACUUCGCCAGCAAUUUCAUGCGAAUGAAUUACGUGCGGUCGGCGUCAAAGGUGGAUCCACAUCUCACAUCACAGUACAUGCCUUUAUCAGGAGUUUACCUUGGAGUCGGCAACUAUGGAGAACUAGAGAAAUUGUGUUCUGGAGAUCAGGAACUUGUCCUGACUGGAUGCAGAAAUUUUUACAUCGAGGCGAUCCUUCAGCUUCAAAAACGAUUCGAUUUCAAGGACAGUUUUUUCUCCACGAUUCAACAAAUCAUACCUAAAAAUGUUCGCGAAAGGACACCACCCACUCUCCAACUUAUCUUCUCGACUUUCCCUACCCUUCGCAAUGCUUGCGAUCCUGCAAAGGCAGAAACUGAGUGGCGGGCCUUAUCACUAUUAUCUACUGAAGAACUUGGCCUUCAAACUGAAGACGAAUUGAGGCUUCUUUCUGCCGAAACGUUUUGGGUUUUAGUUUUGAAAUUGAAAAGUUCUGCUGGAUUGUUGUUUCCAAAUGUUGCUGUAGUUAUUACUUUCAUCUUUUCGCUGUCAUACAGCAAUGCAAUCGCUGAACGAGUUUUUAGUUUCCUCAAAAUCAAUCGAAAUGAUCGCAGGAAUUGCCUUAGUAAUGACGUCCUUCUUGGUCUAAUGCGAACAAAGUUCCUGAUGAAGAACACUCAGUCAACGGCAGCUACGAUUAAAUUUCCCGAUAAGCUUAUUGAUCGUGUGCAAAAAGUGCGUGCAAACGCCGUCAUUGUUGGAGAUGAAUUCUAAGAUCUAAGAAUAA